AUGGCAGUGCAAGUCGAAGAUUUUGAAGUCCAUCACGAGAAGGAUAGCAUGGAUUUUUACGUGUUACUCCUUGAACCAGACUUGCUAGGACGUCCCUACCAACCUUCUUCAUCGUCGCCCGCGGAGCCUCAAUUUCUGAUCAAGUUUGAUUAUCAUAUCAAUCAUAUCUACUAUGAUAUUGGUUCCUCAUAUGAUAUAGGAACCGGUUGUAACACCACCCUCGUCCACCAACAUCAAGAAAAACAUGAAAAAAUAGUUGAACUUGAGAAGCCUGUGUUGAGGAAAUGCGGCAAGUCGUACGAGUUUCUUUCUAAGGUGUUGUCGACGAUUGGAAUCAAAAGAGGAUCAUAUGAUAAUGGCGGAUUGCAUGAUGAAAUAAUGAGUGGGAUUAUAAAGUGGGGUGCCAAAUUUCCACCGCCAAAGUUGUCCAAGGAGAGUCCAGAGCUGUGGGGGCUGUAUGUUUAUAUUGGAAAAGACCAUGACAUGUAUCGCUGUGAUGAGUGUUUAAUGGCUAGGGUUACGAGGAAAUCAAUGGCGAGCAAGGGGAUGGUGUCGAUCAAGAAGCCAACCGACCUAUUUUCGGGAUGGUCUAAGGCCAUUUCCAGCAGCCCCCUCGGGCUCGGGCUGGGGGGGGGAGAGCCCAAAUCCAAGUUCCAGCAACAAAGGCUGGCCCGGGCAGUGUGGGGUCCACUUGCCUGGGCUGGCCCCAAGGCGAAGGCAGCCCGAGCGAGAGCCCGAGUGCGAGCUGACGUCAUCGCUUAUGCCAGCGUGACGUCAGCACGCGGUUGUAAAAUUUUUUUACCGUUGGCGCGUGCAAUGCACGCGCCAACGUUAAAAAAAAUUCAAAAUCGCGCGUCAGCUUUUGCGCCCAACGGUAACGUGCGACGUGGCAGCCUCUCGUCCUUCCGAUUUCGCCUUGUCAGCCAAUCCGACGGCCUGGAAUUUUUCCAGGCAAAAAAUGAUGAAAAAAAAUCGUAA